AUUUUUGUAAAAUAAACCAACAAAUAAAUAAAUGAUGUAAUAUAAAAAGUAUUAUAAAAGUCUAAAAGAUUUUUUAAACUCUUCUUUUUAAUCCUAUUCAGUUAUCUGUAUAGAUCUAAAGUCUAGUUAAAUUGGUAAUGAAAGUACAUCAGACUUAGGUCCUGCUUUAGCAAAGUGCAUUAAUCUCUCAAACUUCACACUUAUUCUUUCAUCCAAUCAGAUUAGUAAUGAGGGUUUAUAAGGUUUAGGUUCUGGUUUAGGAAAUUGCACUAAUCUCUCAAACUUCACACUUGAUCUUUCGUGCAAUUAAAUUGGUGUUGAAGGUAUAUCAGGCUUGAGUUUUGCUUUAGCAAAAUGCUGUAAUCUCACUAACUUGAUCCUUGAUCUUUCGUUCAAUUAAAUUGGUGUUGAUGGCAUAUUAUGCUUAGGUUCUGCUUUAUCAAAAUGCACUAAUCUCUCAAACUUCACACUUCAUCUUCCAUCUAACUAGAUUGGUGUCGAAGGAGCAUCAGGCUUAGGUUCUGCUUUAUCAAAGUGCAUUAAUCUCUCAUAUUUGAUACUUGAUCUUUCUUCCAAUAAAAUUGGCGCUAAAGGUGCAUCAGGCUUAGGAUCUGGUUUAUCAAAGUGCACUAAUCUCACAAAUUUGAGUCUUGAUCUUUCGUACAAUUAAAUCUGUAACGAAGGUGCAACCGGCUUGGGUUCUACAUUAUCAAAAUGCACUAAUCUUAUAAAGCUGGCCAUUAAUCUUUCGUCUAAUUAAAUUGGUGUUGAUGGUGCAUCAGGUUUAAGUUCUGCUUUAGCAAAUUAUACUAAUCUCUCAAACUUUACACUUCAUCUUAUGUCAAAUCAAAUUAGUGAUGAAGGUGCAUAAAAUUUUGGUUCUGCUUUAACAAAUUGUAUUAAUCUCUCUAACUUAACACUUCACCUUCUUUCAAAUAAAAUUGGUGCCGAGGGAGUAUCAGGCUUAGGUUCUGCUAUAGCAAAGUGCACUAAUAUAUAAAAUUUGACUCUUGAUCUUUCAUCCAAUUUAAUUGGUGUUAAAGGUACUUAAGGCUUAAGUUCUGCUUUAGGAAAGUGUACUAAUCUCUAAAACUUGAUACUUGAUCUAUCGUACAAUAAAAUUAGUGUUGAUGGUGCAUAAAGUUUAAGUUCUUUAGCAAGAUGCACUAAUCUCUCAAACUUGACACUUCAUCUUUCCGAAAAUUUAAUUGGUGAUGAAGGUGUGUUAGGCUUAUGCAUUACUUUAUCAAAAUGCAGUAAACUCUCAAACUUGAUACUCUAUCUUUAGUACAAUUAAAUUGGUGAUAAGGGUACAUCACGCCUUGGUCAUGCUUUAGCAAAGUGCACUAAUCUCACAAAAUUUAUACUUGAUCUUUCAUCCAAUUAAAUUGGUGUUGAUGGUACGUUAGGUUUAAGAUCUGGUUUAGGAAAAUGCACUAAUUUAUCAAACUUGAAACUUGAUCUUUCUGAAAAUUAAAUAGGCGAUUCAGGUAUAUCAAAUUUAGGUUUUGCUUUAGAAAAGUGCAUUAAUCUCUCAAAUUUGAAACUUGACCUUUCUUCCAAUUUAAUUGGGGAUGAGGGCGUAUCAAGCUUAUGUUCUGCUUUAGCAAUGUACACUAAUCUCACAAAUUUGAAUCUUCAACUUCUUUCAAACAAAAUUGAUAGAUAGGGAGAAUUGAAAAUAAAUAACUAGUGUCUUAAAUCAAAAAGAUUAGUUAUCUUUAAAUAUUUCUAAUGAUAAUUGAUAAAUAAAUGAUCAAAGUAGUCGGAAUAAAUUAAAUAACAUUUAAAUAAUUGAGUAUAUUUUAUUAUGUUUUGUAUUAUAUAUUUUGUAACAGAUAUUUUAAUCUAAAAUAUAGAAUUUUUAUGAUUAUUUUUUU